AUGGUUUGCAUUGGAUGGGAUUGGAUUAAUGGGAUGUUUCCUUCUUCUUCUUUCGUGCCACCGGCCGGCCAAGAGCUGCACGAAAGUCCUCAAACUGGGGAAAGAUCUCCACUAAACAGUGAUCUGAGCGGUUCGCUUCGCAAAUCGCAACCCUCUCGCUGUUUCGCUUCUUAUGCCACUCUGGUUGAUCGGCCACCAAUUUCUCUUUGUCAUGCUCCGAGCGAACAAGAGGUGCCAAAUCCAACCUCACACGCACUUUUGCAGGAGGGGAGGGGACCAAGAAAUUGUGGGGCUUGCCGUUGGUGGUCGGAUGUAUGGCGCGGCUCGAGUUUUGACGCUGCAGUUGCAUUUUUGCAAUUCGUAUCCGUAGAGCCUCAACACUUGGUAACACUCAUUUCAAUUGCAUUAACACACCUUGCUCUCAAAAUUCAAUUGUCGCACUUCUUGACACGAUGCGACACAAUUUUUUCGAGCCCUCCUGCUCUGUAA